AUGGCUUUCAGUCAAGGCCAGGAUCUACAGCUGAUCCAGACGGAGCGUCUGGGGUUUUUAUCGCUUGCGGGAGAAUCAAAAGUUCGCCUGACCUCACAAUGGUCGCCUGCCCCUACCGCCAAUGCCUCCCUCAUAAGCAUCGCAUCUCGCAAAGGGCUGGUCGCCGCUGCUGGCCCCGAUGCCAUAUCGCUAGCGACUACCGAGUCUGUCCGGAAGGGCUUCGAGGCCCCCAAAGAUGGCGACAACGAAGUACGCCCAUUCACCCCACAACUCAGGAUUCCACUCCCGACUCGCAUAUCUCACCUCGCCUUUACCGCCGAUGAGAGCUACCUCGUCAUAGCCGCCGAGGUGGGUGGCGGACUGGCUGUUUACGAUGUUCAAGCAUUGCUUGGGGGCUCUACACAGCCAGCCGCCCAAAUACCAACCAAUGGAGAAGCGUUGAGAGCUCUAGUGCCUAACCCCCAAGCGGCAAUGGGAGAGCUUGUUGCUGUUGUCACAGAGAAGGGCAACUUGCUCAUGGCCAACAUGAAAGAGAAGAGCUUCCUUUCCGGCCCCAAUGGCUCGAUACUUGCGACCCAGGCCAGCUGUGUUGCUUGGAGUACCAAAGGAAAGCAGAUUGUUGCAGGCUUGGGCGAUGGUUCCAUCCAACAGAUGACACCGGAGGGUGAAGUCAAGGCUCGAAUCCCCAGACCACCAGCUGUGGACGCAAAUUUCUUCGUCUCAUUCCUGCUAUGGUUGGAGAACAACCUCUUUUUGGCAGUCUAUGUGUCUACCGGUCUUGACCCUCCGCAGUCUAUUUAUCAACUGAUUACACGACAAGGACAGACAUUUACAUGUCAGAAGCUCACUGAUCCUGUCGAUCCUUUUGGAAGUGAAAAGGUACCACAUCAUACAGCAGCGAGGCUCAAGGACUUCCCUCCAAAUUUACAAGAUCUUAUCAUCUUUUCUUCAAGCGCAAGUUCUGAUGUUGGUCUCUUGUCCAGAGCCAAAUCACCGCUGUCGGAUGAUAACGUCAGCAAUGAGUUCACUACGACCGAGCUGCUUGACGACUCGAAGCGAGCUACAUUGCCGAUGGAUGCCAAUUACCAGACCCCCACUCCUAUUGGCACAUGCUUAGAUCUGUCUGGGAAAGAGCCUGUUUACAAGCCUAUACCGAGUGAUGAAAUGGAACAGUCUGCCGGCCCUCUUCCUGGCUAUUGGGUGUUAAACGACGAAGGUGUCCUUUCGGUGUGGUGGGUCAUUUACACCGAGUCUAUUAGGGAGGGCACAACAUAUCCAGGCUUGGCUGCUGUGGAAGGGAAUACUGCACAACCUGCACAACCACCCAAUCUAAACCCGUUUGGUAUACCAAGCAGUAGCUCCGCUUUUGGAACACCAUCCAGUGCAUCCAGCACUGCCUUCGGUGGCAGUUCCGCCCUUGGGCCAAAACCAUCACUAUGGGCAACUCAGUCAACUUCCGGUGGCAGCAGUGCAUUUGGGUCCAGUGCUUUCGGUGGUGCCGGUGCCGCCCCAGCUGCGAAGUUCGGCCAGCCGGCUUUUGGCCAGCCUGCAUUUGGCCAGACGAGCACUCCUGCAUUUGGCCAAUCAUCUGGUAUAGCAAGCAAGGCUUCGCCAUGGGCCACUGCAGCUUCAAAUACUUCGUCUGGUUCUCCUUUCGGCGGAUCUGCGUUUGCGAGUGCUGCCAAUGGACCAAGUCCAUUUGGUAGUGCCUCAGGAGCCGCUUCUGGUGGAGGGUUCGCCAGUUUUGCCAAUCAAGGCGGCUUCAGUUCCCUGGGUUCUAACGAUGCUACUAGUAACGGCACAAGUAUAUUUGCUUCUAAGAAGCCGGCAGCUGACGAGACCAUGGACACUGACGCUAGUACCUCAUUCCCUACACCUGCUGCAAAGCCCGCAACGAGUACGGCUUCUCCAUUCGGAUCGACACCCUUCAAGCUGGGAACAACAUUUAAGGCUGACCCUGCUGCUGCUGAUGACAAAGCUAGCGCAACUGAUACGAACGACGGCAAAUCCCUCUUCGGUAGUGGUUUUACAUCUGGAUUAGGCGGAGCAGCAAAGCCGGCAGGCUCAGGUAUUUUUGGCACUCAAAAUUCGAGCAGUGCUUUCUCCACAACACCGACAUCAACACCGGCGCCUUCUAGGUUUUCCGAAGCACCCACCCCAAGCCAAACCCCAGGAGGACCGUUCAACCUCACUGGGAGGAGCUCUAGCAGUCUCUUCGGAAGCACAACUCCUGGACCUAAGAGUUUCGGUGGUCUCUUCGGUAGCACAACUCCCGCGCCGCCUAAGAUAAAGGACGAAGAACAAACUCCUAGAUCAUUGAAGGAUAUCCCGGUUGUCCCCUUGCCCCCUGAUAGUACCAGUAAGGCCUCUUAUCCGAUUGGAGAUUCCUCAUCCUCAUCAGCAUACUCUGCAACAGGUACACCGGACGCACUUAAGACUCCCACAGACGCGCCACUGCCGCCUGACUUCGCUUCCGAGCCUAAAGCCGACCUGACACCGCCUCCGGUGCCAGACUCACCGCCCGCCGACGAUGCGCCAUUGCCCCCUGACCCAAGCACUAACAAGAAGUUGUACGAUGUCAAGAUCCCGCCGCUGCCUGAAGCUCCUGUGCCGUCUAGUUCGAUAUUUUCAAACUCUAGCUCCAUCUUCUCUGUAGGCAAAGCGAACAUCCCCAAGCCCAUCUCUACUGGCUUUUUGUUCCCAACGGAUCUGCCGCCAGUCACAAACUCUAGUGAUGAUGAUGACGACGAAAACGAUGACGAAGAGGAAGAGGAGUCCGAAGACGGUGAAGAGGAAGGAGAAGAGGACGAGGACGAGGAUGAAGAAGAGGAGGGUAGCGAAGAAGGCAGCGAAGGCAGUGGAGUUGAUGUGACGAAGGAGUUCAGCCCUCAGUCUGCACCUAAAGAUAGGACGACACCAGCGAUCACUCCUGGAAGCUCCUUCGAUGGUGGCCUAGGCGGAAGUUUCUCAACAAUUUCCAAGCCAGAGACAGAACGGAAGAGCUUGUUUGGCGAACUCGGUAGAAGUAUACCGAAUCUUCCCCAACCAAAUCCCCUCAGCCCUCGAUCUCCUAGUCCGGUGCGAAACUCAUUCGCAUCUAGGAUCGCAGAUUCGUCAUCGCGCUCGUUUAGUGCACCAGGCAUGGCGUCUAAGAUCCUCGGUGCGUCUCAACGUCCGAGCAGUCGGGGACCUCCCAUUGUUAGUAAAGAAGUGCCUUCAGAAGAUCACCGGGUUGAGCAGCGCGCCAGAGCUAGGGCCAAGAAAGAGGCUGAAGAGACACAGUUGCUGGUCGACGAAGACGACGAAAGCCGACAGCAGCAACUUCAAGCUCCUAUUCGGCCUACUCUGCAGCUGGACGAGUUCAUCGCCCAUCCAGGACCCUUGCCCUUGGCGGAUGAUAAUAUUCCCGCACAAGUUGAGGCUGUUUACCGAGACAUCAACGCCAUGAUUGACACAUUGGGAUUGAAUGCACGGUCUCUUGACAACUUUAUUCGAGGCCACGCCGAAGCGUUUCGUCACGACAAUCGCGACAAGCACGAUUUAUCCAGCCCUGACGGAUGGACUAUCGGCGAGCUCGAAGACCUCCGGGCGAUCAUUUCUGAAGACCUGGUUAACGAUCUGUCAGACGCUCGUAUUGUUGAUCCUCAGGACAAGAUCGCAGAGUGUCAAGACCUUCAGCGUGAUCUGAAGCGGGAUUUUAGCAAACGCAAUGAUAUCCAGAAGAUGAUCAAUAUCAAGUUGGACCCUGACCAGGCUAUGGCAAACCGUCUCCUCCCUCUUACGGCUGAGCAAGCAGCUCGACAGAACGAUCUCCGCCGGGACUUUGCACGCUUCACCAAGACGCUCGCAGAGGCUGAAGAGAGCUUGACGAUGCUCAAGGCUAAGAUUGCCACUGCCAACGCCGCCAACGGCAAGCCUGGUUCGGUACCCUCGAUUGACGCCAUCGUGCGCACCAUUACCAAAAUGACAAGCAUGGUGGAGAAACGCAGUGGCGACAUUGACGUCCUUGAGAAUCAGAUGCGCAAGCUGCGAUUCAACACCGGCUCGCCUGCUCGCGGGCUCGGCGCCAGUACGCGUAGCCGUGAGGGCACUCCCACGCCCAGCAAGAAGCUUGCGGCCUUGAUGCUCUCACCUGAAAGGUCGUUCCGUGAGAGCACUCCUACCAGAAGUGGUAUGCGGCAUUCCAUGUCGGACAUUGGUGGGGGCAUGUUUGCCGUCCGUACAACUCCCAGAAAAAAGCUGAGCGGGUUUGGAGAGGCAGAAAAGAAAGCCGUCAAGGAGCGCAGGGACCAGAGAGCAACAGUGCUUGGGAAGCUCAGGACGAGCGUGGAGAAGAAGGGAGCGACUGUCUGGGCUCUAGAUGAAAUUGAGUAA